AUGAUAAUAUUGAUUAUCAUUAUCAUUUACCUACUCAAAGUACUUACAUCAAUUCAAAUAUUACUAUUAUUUAAUAUUAAUGAUGUUUGGUAUUUAAUAUUAUCAUAUGAUGGAACAAUUAAUAAAGUAACAUCAACCACAUCAAAUGAUAAGUGUUUCAAUCAAAAUAUAAUUGAAUUGUUUGUUAUUAUAAUGAUGUUAGUUUCAAUAAUACAUAUCAGAUUGCUUACAUAUAUUUACAAAAGAUGGUUUUUAAUUCAUUUAUUGGAAGUAUUACUCUAUCUUUAUUAUCUUUAUCUAAUUAAUUAA